UUCUGUAUGCGCAUGUAUGCAUAUGCCUGUGCAUGUGUGUGUGCCUGGGGGUAGGAUCCUUCAAGGCCAGUGGGGAGGAUGAAGGAAAAAAUCUGGUUAUCCUGGCUAAUGGAGCCAAGACCCUGGCAUUCUGGAGAAGGGACAAGCUCCAGUCCUAGAGGCAGGACAGCACUUCUGUCUCUAAUCAGCUGGGUCACCCAGGGCACCUCUUUGACAUUGGAAUUGGGUACCAUAACUGUGAAGGUUCUGUCUAGCAACCAGAGUCAUGAUUCCAGAUCUGCACUGCAUCACCAAGGGUCCCCCAAGCCUGUGCGGCCACCAGUUCUCUGCUCCAGGGCAGAUGGGGAGCCAAGAGGUCAUGACUGGCUCACCCGCUGGCCUGGAAAGACCAUGGCCAUAUGCACCCUUCACCCUGCACCUCUGCUUCCCAGGACAAAUGGCCUGGCCCCCUCACACUCACCUCCACACCCCUCUCCCUUGGAUGGACCAGUGGUGGUGUCACCCAAAGCAAAUUGACACUAUUUUUCCCUUGGUAACCGCAAAGGGGGAGAAUCACCCGUCUCCUAAUUUUAACCAGUACGUGAGGGACCAGGGUGCCAUGACUGACCAGCUGAGCAGGCGGCAGAUCCGUGAGUACCAGCUCUACAGCCGGACCAGUGGCAAGCACGUGCAGGUCACCGGGCGUCGCAUCUCUGCCACCGCGGAGGACGGCAACAAGUUUGCCAAACUCAUAGUGGAGACAGACACGUUUGGAAGCCGUGUGCGCAUCAAGGGUGCUGAGAGCGAGAAAUACAUCUGUAUGAACAAGAGGGGCAAGCUCAUCGGAAAGCCCAGUGGGAAGAGCAAAGACUGUGUGUUCACAGAGAUCGUGCUGGAGAACAACUACACGGCCUUCCAGAACGCCCGGCACGAGGGCUGGUUCAUGGCCUUCACCAGGCAGGGUCGGCCCCGCCAGGCUUCCCGCAGCCGCCAGAACCAGCGAGAGGCUCACUUCAUCAAGCGCCUCUACCAGGGCCAGUUGCCCUUCCCCAACCACGCUGAGAGGCAGAAGCAGUUCGAGUUUGUGGGCUCAGCCCCCACCCGCCGGACCAAGCGUACUCGGAGGCCACAGCCCCUGACGUAGUCAGGGACACUGGGGGCAGCUGCCCCUCAACAGCCUUCCCAUCCCCUUCCCUUCCUAAUCCCAAGACUGGGCUGGGGUGGAGGGAGGGGAGUCAGAGCCCCCAAGGAGGAAGGACCCUGAGGAACUACAAGCGUCAGAGCCUCAAGCCAGAAAGGGGACAGGACUGCCACAUAGCAGGGCUGGGGCGUCAGGGCAGCUGCCCCAGACCCAACAAUGGAAUAGGCCCCGGGGGGGGAGGGGGGAUGGCAGACCCCCAGGAGAGGAACUGUAGUGUUACCCUGGACUCAGGCUCCCUGAAACAGGCAAAAAGGGCAGCAGGUUCAAAGCCUUGCAGACACUGUCUGGAGCUGGCUCUCUUUAAAUUCUCCCCAAAUCUUCUUCAGUCUGCCCCCAGCCUCCAGUUUCCUCCUGGCCAGACUGUAGGAAAGGACUUUUGUGUUUAUUUCAGGAAAAAAGAAAAAAAAAGAGGGUUGGCCAUUCUUCACAUUCCACUACCCAGGCCUGCACCCCCAUCCCCGACUUCGAGCCCCAGAAUAAAACCAUUUUCCUGCAAACGGGUUAUCUAAAGGCGGGG